AUGGUUGUUCACAUCUUGGGGAAAGGUUUCAAAGGCAAGGAGGUCAUCCAAAUAGCGCUGGCUUCCAAGUUUUAUGGUAUUGGUAGAACAACGGCGGAAAAAGUGUGCUCGAAAUUAGGGUUUUAUCCAUGGAUGAGAAUGCACCAACUAUCGGAACCUCAAAUCAUGAGCAUAGCAAGCGAAUUGUCCACAAUGACCAUCGAAGGUGACGCCAGAGCGAUCGUAAAGGAUAAUAUCGCUUUGAAGAAGAAAAUUGGUUGUUAUAGUGGUAUGAGACAUGCUUUACAUUUGCCCGUUAGGGGUCAACGUACAAGAAACAACGCAAAGACUGCAAGAAAGCUUAAUAAGAUCGAUAGACGCGGGUUUCAUACUGUCUCUCAAGCGGAAACACAACACAAUCCGUCUUUUUGGUCAUAUUUCUUUGGCAAAUAA